AUGGCGGGAUACAUUGGUGAAAAGCGUUUAAAUUAUUUUUCUAAAGCUUUAACUACGGAUGGCACAUUAAAUGUUCUUUUAGUUUGUACAUUUCAACCUUAUUUGGAAGAAAUCGGACACAAUUUAUAUGUCACUAGAGAAGUUCAACGAGAAAAAAGAACGUAUAGUUUAAAAGUACACACUUGUAAAUUUAUAACAGAUGUAUUAGAAUACAUGCCAGAAGAAUUUUAUGUUGAUUAUAUUGUUUUUUUAUUAAAACCAGAAAUGGGAAAUUGCUUGACUGAGGUUUCAAAUAAUUUAAUGUGGAUAGAUUCUAAUUUUCCUAAAGAAAAAAUUUGUUUAGUUAAUCCAAAUGCCACUUUUUUAGAUUCAACAGUUUCACCAAAUGAUAUUUGGGAAUUUGCCAUAGAACAUCAAUUCAAUGUUAUAAAUGGACAAAUUAAGAAACAAAAUGGUUUUUUCAACUUAUCGAAAAAAAUCCUAAACUUAGCCGAAGCAUGCUGUGGGGUUAUGGAAGGUGUACCAAUGGUUAACAUUGUAUAA